GACAGCUUCAACCGAACCUAAGCGCGCUUGCAAGGAAUUUAUUGAACCAGGCCGCCCGAGCCUGAGGCAGCACUCUACGGAAAGUGUCACGUGGAGAAAGAGAGAGCGAGAGACACUCUGAAAAGGAAGCGGGACGUCGUCCGUCCAGUCCCGCGCGGCAUGGCUGCGGACGCGGCGUCCAGUUUCACCUUCUGCCGGCCCGCCGCCGAGUACCAGGUGCCGCCCAACGAGCGGAAACGGCAGCCUGGCGGCCGGACGGGGGGCAACCUGACCUGGCACGACGGACGGGGGCGCGGAGCGACAACGGAGGGAGGCCGCGCCGUCAAGCUGCUGCGGCGGCCCGGCACAGAAGCCCGGCAGUACGGUUGCGACGACAAUUACGGCGUGUACAACACCAGCCCGGCGCCGCAGAGCCGGGCCCGGCCAGCAGUGCUGUGGACGCAGCAAGACGUCUGCGGGUGGCUGAAAAAGCACUGCCCUCACAACUACCUGGUGCUGGUGGAGGUCUUCUCCCAUCACGCCAUCACAGGUCGGGCGCUGCUCCGUCUCGAUGCCGACAAGCUGAAGAGGAUGGGCCUGGUGCAGGACACGCUCAGGCGUCAGCUGCUCCAGCAGCUUCUUCAACUGCAACUUCGGGAGGAAGGUCGCAACCUGCGACUGCUCACCUCGCCUCCAGGUCAGGGGAUAACCCUUUGCGAAACCAUGAACGUUUCGUGCCAUUAUCGGCAGGCCAACUUGGGCCGACGUGAAUCAUUGAUGAAACUAGCUCUCCUUCUAUUGAUAUCAGGUCACUUCCUUUUUAUUUUGGGGAAUUUACCGGUCACUUCCUGUUGAUAUCUGACCACCAAAAGUGGGUAGUAACGCGUUACAUUUACUCCGUUACAUUUACUUGAGUAACUUUUUGAGGAAACUGUACUUCUAAGAGUAGUUUUAUUAAGCCAUUCUUUUUACUUUUACUUGAGUAGAUUUAUGAAGAACAAACGCUACUCUUACGCCGCUACUUUGGCAACACAAGGGGCGGACUGGUAGGACAUUCACUAACCUUGGCCAGAACUUAAUUAGAACUGUGGAUUUACAGUACCACAAAAAUGAGAACUGUAACCUAAACAAAGUGUGCAUGUAGAACUUUUAAUUCAAAUGGUCUAAACUUAGGUACAGUAAAAAUGCAUCAAUUAUCUUAGUAGUCGAUUAAACGGUGAACUAGUUAGUUCAAAUAAUCGAGUAAUCACAUUAGAAACAUAAAAAUUAGAAAUACCUGAGCUGAGCCUCAAAUGGUAUAAAAAAAUGAGGAUCUAAGUGCAACGAAAGAACAAUUGGGUAACUUACAUAGCAAAAGUCCGCUAGCUUAAUUGCUAUAAAAUGCUAAAAAGUCCAUUUUUUACAAAGCUCUUAAAAAAUGGUUCAAACACAUAUUCCCACAAAAAACAGCUAAACAUACCCACAAAAUCACAAAUGGAUUAAAAAACCAUUAACUGAAACAAAAACUUAGCUUAUGUUGGUCUUCACAUUCUUAACAGGGAGCAGGUGGAUUCAGCCAUGUAAAAUGAGUUAUAUCAUACUCAUUGUUGCCACUAGAGGGCAGUGUUCCCACCAAAAUUAAUUUAAAACGAAAUGCAAACGCUUUCAAAACAAACCGACGGCACUUCAAUUAAACGAAUACUCGAAGCACCAAAAUUUGAUUACUAAUCAGAGAGAUCCACUAUGAAUAUUCAACAACCUUGGCCAGAACUUAUUCAGAAUUGUGGAUUUACAGUAUUACAAAAACUGAGAACUGUAAUCUAAUUAAAGUAUGCAUGUAGAACUUUUAAUUCAAAUUGUUUAAACUUAGGUACAGUAAAAAUGCAGAGUUUUAAGUAGGGUUACAGCUAUCAGUUAUCUUAGUAGUCCAUUAAACGGUGAACUAGUUAGUUCGAAUAAUCGAGUAAUCACAUUAGGAACAUAAAAAUUAGAAAUACCUGAGCUGAGACUCAAAUGGUAUUAGAAAAAUGAGGAUCUAAGUACAACAAAAUAACAAUUGGCUAACUUACAUAGCAAAAGUCCACUAGCUUAAUUGCUACAAAAUGCUAACAUUUUUUUUUUACAAUGCUCUUAACAAAUGGUUCAAACACAUAUUCCCACCCUAAAAAAAAACAAAACAGCAAAAUAUACCCACAAAAUUAUGAAUGGAUUAAAAAAAAGAUUAGCUGAAACAAAAACUUAGCCAAUGUUGGUCUUAACAGUCUUAACAGGGAGCAGGUGAAUUCAGCCAUGUGAAAUGAGUUAUAUCAUACUCAUUGUUGCCACUAGAGGGCAGUGUACCCACCAAAAUUAAUUUAAAACGAAAUGCAAACACUUUCAACACAAACCAACGCCACUUGAAUUAAACGAAUACUCGAAGCACCAAAAUGUGAUUACUAGUCACAGAGAUCCACUACGAAUAUUCAACAACUAACAUACAACAGCUAACGUAUUUACAGUUCUCAUUACAAAUCGCUCACACAUAACUCCACAAAUUGUCACCCUAAACUUAAUUACAAAUGCAUACACAAACAUAUAUUAGCGGAAGCAACUUACAGCCUUAUGUGGGCGAAACCAGGGCACAGCUAUCCUUCAUCCAUGCCAGACAUCUGGGAGUUCCUGGAUGGAAGCAUUAUUGAACGACAGUCCAGCCAGACCCAACGCUACCACCAGAAGGCAGUGUAUCCUCCACCAUUAAAUAUAAUACAAUACUUUUGGACGUUUUGGAUAGUUAUUUUGAACGUGUAAAGUGAGUACAAUUUUUAGCUCUACCAGCCUCUGCUGAUCACUUUUUAUGUUGGGACACUUCUGGGUCACUUCCUGUUGUUUGUGGGUCACUUCCUUUUUUAUUUUGGGGCAUCAACAGGUCUCUUCAUCUUGAUAUUGGGCAAAUUCUGUUUGAUUUUGCGUCAUUUCUGCUUCACUUGCUGUUGAUAGCAGUUCACUCCCUUUUUAUUUUGGGGCAUUUACAGGUCAUUUCUUGUUGACAUGGGGUCAAUUCCUUUUUAUUUUGGGGCAUUUCUGGGUCACUUACUGUUGCCAUUGACAGCAACAGACGUCCAAUCCAUUUGGCACUUAGACACUAUUGCGAUGAAGGUUUCAUCUAACCUAAUAUCGUCUCGUCUAAUUGAAAGCCAAGUCAGCCAUCCCAAUUAAAAUGGAUGGGAUUUCUAUAGCCUAAACUUGGCCUUUGCUGAAUUGCUCUCUGCUCUGGUGUUUCACAGGUUUCAAUGGGAAGAGGUCGUAAAUGGACAUUUUUCAAGAAGAUCUCUCCACUUGUCAUUCAUUGUCAUGUAUUUGUAUGAUUUUUAACUUUGAAUUUAAAUAGAAUCCUCAGAGGUUUUGCUUAUGUCUACUUUGAUCCUUUCAAUGUCCUACUUUGUCAAAACUUUUUUUCCCCAUUUCAAUUGUCUACCUACGAGAAAUCUGGGUGACAUGUGGGAUAGCACAAUCACAAUGUAAAACCUGCCCAGUCGAAAAAACAAGCAGCCCAAAAAAAUGUUUCCCUUAAGCAACUCAAUCUACGUUUUGAUAUUAUAACCAGAAAAAAUAGGAAUCAACAGCUAGACACAUUGUAGAGGAAUAAUUGCUGUUUCAUCAAUAAGCAUCAUGGGAAAUGUAGUUGGAGAAAAAAAGUCGAAACUAAUGUGUUAUUUUGUUUCAAUAAAUACAUG